UAUCUUUAUCUACUGAAGUCAAUCUGCUCUGCAAGCGCAGUUCAAAACCAUCUAGUUCCAUCAGUAGAUAAAAUUUGCGUAAGCAUAAUUAUAGAGAAAUUUAUUAGGUAUUGCUGGUAUUAUACAGAAGCUGAUGGUAGAUUUACACAGGAGAGACGAUCUUCUCCAGGAGUUCAAAAUGCCAGGUGGACUGAGAGAGCUCUUAGACUUCAGCAUGCUCGUGACAUUAUUAGAAAGCAUCCGCAGUCAGUCGUAGUCACUGAGGGACAGUGGGCCAACUUCUCUUGUGGCAUCAAACUCCCCGGCACCAUUAGAUGGAGGAUUGGAGACUUCAAGGCGCAUGGAAUAUAUGACUACAACAGUGGAGAGACUCUGCCUGAAUUGGAGGGAGUA